AUAUUUCUUUUUUAAUCUUUAAUUUUUGGCCUUUUAAUUUGAACGAAACGACUUCGUUUUGAGGUUUUACGGGAUGGGUACGUUAUCUAAAAUAAAAAACCGUGGACUUAUCUCGCGCCUUUGGUAAAAACCCCGUAAAAAUGAACGUCGCUGCAGAACAGCUGUGUCUUUCGGUGUUGAACAAGAGCAAGACUCUCAAAACCGUGAAGCAAAUCCACGCCUUUGUAUGCAAGACCGGCCUCGAAACCGAUCCCUUCGUUGCCGGAAAACUUCUCCUCCACUGUGUCGUCACGGUCUCCGAUGCUCUCGACUACGCUCGCCGCCUACUUUUUCGGUUCCCGAAACCGGAUGUUUUCAUGUACAAUACGCUUAUUCGAGGACUCGCCGAAUCCGACACCCCAGAGAAUGCGUUCGUUGUGUUCGCCCAUAUGCGUCGGAGAGCGAUUGCCCCUCCGGACAGCUUCUCUUUUGCGUUUUUACUUAAGGCGGCGGCAAAUUUGCGGUCUUUCAGAGCUGGGAUUCAGCUACAUUGUCAAGGUUUUGUACAUGGGCUUGACACCCACAUCUUUGUUGGGACGACAACUAUAAGCAUGUAUGCUGAAUGUGGGUGUGUCAGUUUUGCGAGGAAAGUGUUUGAGGAAAUGUUGGAGCCAAAUGUUGUAGCUUGGAAUGCGAUUGUCAACGCAUGUUUUAGGUGUGGGGAUGUAGAGAAUGGAGAAAGAUUGUUUGAGCGGAUGCCUUUUUGGAAUUUGACAUCUUGGAAUGUGGUGCUUUCGGGGUAUAUGAAAGCAGGUGAAGUUGAGUUAGCAAGGAAGGCGUUUUCGAGGAUGCCCGUGAAAGAUGACGUGUCUUGGAGUACAAUGAUUGUUGGGUUUGCCCAGCAUGGUUGUUUUGAUGAUACUUUUGGACUUUUUAGGGAGCUGCAUAGAGUGGGAAUGAGGCCAAAUGAGACAAGUUUGACAGGGAUACUCUCCGCUUGUUCACAGGCUGGAGCAUUCGAGUUUGGAAAAAUUAUCCAUGGAUUCAUGGAAAAGGCUGGGUUUCUUUGGAUCGUUUCAGUGAAUAACGCACUCUUGGAUACUUACUCUAAGUGUGGGAAUGUGGGCAUGGCUAGGUUGGUCUUUGAAAGAAUGCCAGAGAAAAAAAGUAUUGUUUCUUGGACAUCAAUGAUAGCAGCACAUGCCAUGUAUGGCUAUGGUGAAGAAGCCAUUCGACUUUUCAAUGAGAUGGAAGAUUCUGGAACUAGGCCUGAUGGGAUCACCUUCAUUUCAAUUCUAUAUGCCUGUAGUCAUGCCGGCUUGAUUGAAGAAGGAUGUCAAUAUUUCUCGAAGAUGAGAGAUUAUGGAAUUGAACCCACCAUUGAACAUUAUGGUUGUAUGGUUGAUCUGUAUGGUCGAGCUGGUGAACUGCAAAAGGCUUAUGAAUUUGCAUGUGAAAUGCCAAUACCCCCUAAUGCUAUCAUUUGGAGGACUCUUCUUGGGGCUUCCAGCAUUCAUGGAAAUGUUGAGCUGGCUGAGAAAGUGAAGGAAAGACUUUCUAGACUGGAUCCCGACAAUUGUGGUGACCAUGUUCUUUUGUCAAAUAUAUAUUCCACUGCAGGAAAAUGGAAGGAUGCUGCUGGUGUAAGAAGGUCAAUGAAUGAGCAGAGAAUCAGAAAAACUCCGGGAUGGAGCAUGAUUGAAGUUGACAAGCUAAUUUAUAGCUUUGUGGCUGGUGAGAAACAAAAUGAGAUAACAAAAGAGGCUUAUGAGAAGCUGAGGGAAAUAAUGACGAAGCUUAGGAUUGAAGGAGGAUAUAUUCCUCAGGUUGGGAGUGUUUACCAUGAUAUAGAAGAGGAGGAAAAGGAAGAUUCAGUGACCAGGCAUAGCGAAAAACUUGCCGUAGCUUUUGGAAUGGCAAGACUGCGUGAAGGAAAGAGUAUAAGAAUAGUAAAGAAUUUGCGCGUUUGUGGUGAUUGUCAUACAGUGAUGAAGCUAAUUUCUAAGGUUUAUGGAUUAGAAAUAGUGGUGAGAGAUAGAAGUCGGUUUCACUCUUUUAGAGAUGGCUAUUGUUCAUGCAGAGAUUACUGGUAAAUAGACUGAUGAAGCAUUUGGAAUAGUAUAAAUCUCCUCUAAAUUUACAGAAUGUUGAAGCAAUGCCCUGAAGAACAGAAGGGAAAGUAAUGAUACUUGGCUGCUAAUGUGAAUGGAUAAAUUGUGAACUUUGUAAAUUAUUGCUGACUCGACUGUAGAAUAUUCCUCAUAAAAUCAUUCUUUUGCUAACUGUGAAUAUCAAUUUCAUAAAGUGCUCGGACAAUGUUUGAAAGAAUAAGCAAUAUGGAAAGCUAAUAAAUUUUAAACUUUAAAAAUUAUUGUUGGUUAAUGUUAAAAUAGUUACCAUAUAACAGUAUAUGUGUAUCGAAUUGAAAGUUAAUUAGAGAUCAUUAUUAGGAAAAUAUGAGAAAUAAAAUAAUUAAUUAUGCUUGAUUUCGACAUACUUUGAAAAAAUAUUAAUAUAUCUCAUCGUCUAUUUAUAGUAUAUUCUAUAAUACUUAU